AUGGAAAUGGGUGACAAAAUCCAAGCUUCUGUUAGAAAAGCCUUGCUGCCUCGAUUUGAAAAUAAAAUUAAGGAGGGAUCUUUGUAUAAUUUCAAGUCAUUUGGUGUCACUGCUAAUAUUGGAGCGUUUAGGACUACGAAACACCAAUUUAAAUUGAAUUUGCAGAAUGGCACGAUUGUCACAUAUGUUGGAACUAGAAUGACAACAUUAUUUCCUUAUUCGUUUGUAUCUUUUACAAAUAUUCUUGGCAACAUAGACAUGGACUACUUGAUUUAUGUUAUAGGUAUUUUGUAUUUCUUGGAAUCCAAUGGAAUUAAGCUUGAGCGCACGCUAUUUGGACCGUACGUUGAAGCCCUUGACGCCUUUCUCCUUGAAAUUCCUGAGGAAGAUGAUUUGAAGGUCUGCGAUAACAUUGGUUCACCUACACAACCAUUCAGUUAUAUGAAAGAUGCUUCAGAGAUGAGUUUAGAAGAAUAA